AGUGCUAGUAAAAAAUUGAAAAGUCAUAGUAGCACUGGAGGGGGAAGUUGUAAGCCAGAAAAUAUACGCGACAGCAUCUCCAAAACGUAAAAUAUACUCUAUCGCGUAUCUUGAUCAUUCCUGGAAAUACAAGUCAAACGCAAUUUAAAUUGAAUAUAAAAAUUGUUUUUAGCCCUAAAUUGUAGAUUGCAACCGCGAGCUCUAUAAAUCUAUUUAGAGAAACAAUAAACGCUAUUAUUAGUAUAGAAAAUCGAUUAUUCGUUCACUAUAGUGAAAUAUAUUUCUCAAGUAGAAAAUGGACUAAUAUAAUUCUUCGAAAAAUCCAUGAGCAAUAGUGCAAUAGUGUGUGCGUCUUUGACUCAAAUCAUAUCAAAGGUUAUGUUUGGAAUUGAGUCGCAAAAACAUAUUUAUCCCUUGUUUCUUUUGAACAAGUUGUUGUUAGAAAGUCGUGUGAAUAAUUGUUAUUAAGACCGUCUGCAUGUCAGUCUUUUUUUAACAAUAUUUUUUGUAUUUUCAAUACAAAUCCUAUAAAUUUAGUAUUUUUCAUAUGAAAUUGUGAAUAUAAAUUUCCUUAACCUCUGAAAACUGAGCCAAUCAGUUUAUACUGUGAGAUAUACAUUAUCUCGUACAAUAGUAAACAAUAAUAAUGGACAUUUCAUCGACUUCGAGUUUAAAACAAGGAAAUUUUCCGAUUAUUAAUGAUGGAUUUGGAAAUAUUCCAAUGGAAUCGUCAUCAAUGGACUCGAUGGGGACCAAAAGACGCAGGUAUUCAUCACGAACAAUAAAGCGUAAAAAAUUCGACGAUGAACUUGUGGAGACAACUUUUAAUCUACAACCCCCAACAACUAGUGGAAAAUCAAGUUCAAAGUCGAGGAGUAUGUCUGCAUCAAGUGGAACAUUGGAUGGUUUAACCCUUCCAACAAUUCCUCCGCCAAUUCCAAUUACACCACCAGUUGUCCAACCCGAACGAAUCAACAGACGACCACCGAGACCCAGUGGUUCUAAUGGAACUGGACGUAAAAGCAAAAAGAAUAAAAAUCACAAUCACUCAGUUAAUGCAACCAAAGAUCUAGGCAGAUGGAAACCCACCGAUGAUUUGGCUCUAAUUACUGGGGUUCAGCAAACAAAUGACCUAAAAAUGGUUCACAGAGGCACAAAGUUCUCAUGCCGAUUCACUUUGCAAGAAAUUCAACAGAGAUGGUACGCUUUGCUUUAUGACUCUGCUGUUUCCAGAGUCGCUGUUCAGGCGAUGAGAAAUUUACAUCAUGAAUUAAUUGCCAGCGUUCAAGCAAGAACUCUAUAUAGUAAGGCUGAGGAAGAUCUUCUGGGAACAAUAAAAUCAACACCUCAACCAACAUUGGAGGUCUUCCAAAGGCUUUUGGAAACGAAUGCCCAGACAUUUUACCCGGCGAGAACAGCAAAAACCCUGAUGUCCCACUGGCAAUUGAUGAAGCAGUAUCACUUACUGCCAGAUCAAACUGUUCAACCUCUACCUCAUUCUGAUGCAAUUAUGAGUUUCUCCGAUGCUGAAGAUACAAUAAACGAUAGUGAAUUAACAGAUCAGAAGGAUGAAAUAAUAGACGCCGAAUUGGCUUUGGCGGAUAGAAAGAAUAAGAGGGAAAUUAGGGUAUUGGAAAAUGAGCUGAGCAGAUGGCAGGUACUCGUUGAUAGUGUCACAGGCGUCAAUCCCCCGGACUUCGACAAUCAGACGUUGGCUAUACUCAGGGGAAGACUUGUCAGAUACCUCAUGAGGUCCAAGGAAAUCACCGUGGGGAGAUCAACAAAGGAUCACAAUGUCGAUGUUGAUUUAACUUUGGAGGGUCCCGCUUGGAAAGUUUCACGACGACAGGCAACAAUUCGUUUAAGAAAUAAUGGUGAUUUCUUUUUAUCCUCCGAGGGAAAACGUCCCAUUUUUGUCGACAGCAGGCCCAUUCUUGCCGGCAACAAAAUGAAACUGAAUAAUAAUAGUGUAAUUGAGGUUGCUGGUUUGAGAUUUAUAUUUUUAAUAAACCAGGAACUGAUAUCGGUCAUACGUCAAGAAGCUGUAAAACUCAAUUUGAAUCCUUGAGGAGAUUCAUUAUUUUUACAUUCAUAAUAUAAACAAAGUCGUUUAUUGGUCACCAAGUUGGGAGAAUUAUUGAUUGCUUAUCAAUAUAUAAUAAUCGUCACGUAAUUGAAUAAAUUUAAUACUCAUAAGAAAUAUA